CUUGUUGACUGUGACCUCUCUCAUGGGGCCUCGCUCUUAUAUUAGUUCAACUUCUUUUCUCAGCUGCCAGUUCAUUUUCCUUCUUCAUAUCAUCUCUCUGGCUGUCACAUUCUUUCUAUCUCAGCCCCCAAUAGCUUUUGUUCACUGCCACCCCUGCUGACACUUCUCGUAGGAAUAAACAAACUUUGUGUUAACUGAAAAGGUUUGAGGUUCUCUCCUCAUUUGGUAACUAAGGGAAAAAGAAAAGCUACAAAUGGGAAGACACUCUUGCUGUUACAAGCAGAAGCUUCGGAAGGGUCUUUGGUCUCCCGAGGAGGAUGAAAAGCUUCUGAGGCAUAUUACUAGGUAUGGUCAUGGAUGUUGGAGUUCUGUGCCUAAGCAAGCAGGUUUGCAAAGGUGUGGUAAGAGCUGCAGGCUCAGGUGGAUCAAUUACCUUAGACCUGAUUUAAAGAGAGGAACAUUCUCCCAAGAAGAAGAAAACCUUAUCAUUGAACUUCAUGCAGUAUUGGGGAACAGAUGGUCUCAAAUUGCGGCACAGUUACCGGGGAGGACCGAUAAUGAAAUAAAGAAUCUGUGGAACUCUUGCUUGAAGAAGAAACUGAGGCAAAAAGGCAUAGACCCUGUCACACAUAAACCACUGUCCCAGGUUGAGAACGGAGAUGACACCGGUAAGAGCCAAGGUAAAGCACCGGAAGUGUCCAAUGAAUUGAACCUCCUGAAAUCAGAGAGCUCCAAGUCAGAUUCAGCUUCCUAUGAGCAGAGAACAUCAAUUUCUCCAAAAGCCUAUGCACCCGAGAUGGAUGGUUCCUGCAGCUCCAAGAUUUACAGCAGAAGUGACAGCAAUUUCGUAACCAACAACUGUUACAACAAAGACUUGUUCCUAGACAGGUUUAUGAAUAGUAGUCGCCAAGAGAGCUACAACACUAGUUGCCAGCCCUCAGAUUUGAUGGGAACUUUUCCAAUUCAGAUGAGUUAUGCAACCAAUGACUGUCUCCCUAAUGAUUCAAACUCUACUCAUUGGUUCGGCCAAACUGGAAGGCCUUUCGAUAUGAACUCUGAAUUUCCUUUCAAUGCUGCCACUUCUAUUAAUCAUCCUACACCCACAACCAAUUUGUUUCUUCCUAAUUCGUUUUGCUACAAGCCUUCACUUGCUGUUCCUUCUGACAGUGUUUCUACAGCCUAUGGAUCUCAUUACUGGGAAGCCAGUGCCUCCAACAAUAGCAAUAGCAGCAUUAGGAGUAAUGGCAGCACAGAGUUGAAAGGUAGCAGCCCCUUAAACAUCUUUUCUUCUUGGGGAUUGGCAGAAUGUAGCACCUCUACUACUAAAGAGGGGCAAAUUCAUAUGAUGGAGAAUCAUACAGAAGAAGCUAAGUGGGAUGAGUACCUUCACAACCCAAUCUCAAUGCUGGCUUCUGUACAAAAUCAAGCUCCCGAAUCCUUAUGCAACGAGAUAAAAACAUCAAUGCAUUUGGUACCUGACACUUUAGGGGCUAUGUUACCUCAUAGCACGAAGCAGCAAGAACCAUCUCAAACCUCUAGUAUAUUUUCCAAGGACAUCCAGAAGCUCAGGGCAGCCUUUGGAAACAUGUAAAAGGAUUGGAGAAAAACAAAGAUUUUAUUAAAAGGGUUCCGAUUCAAGGGAUUGCUAUUCUUAGUACAGGUGUGUGAAACCACAGAUUUUGCUCUUAUGUAGGUCUAAUACAAAACAAUCAUUUCACCCUUUUUUUUUUUUUUCACUUUGUUUACCAUUUGUGAGCCAAGCCAUCUGUCUUUACUUUCUUCUUCUCGGGUGUGGGGUAGAAUUGCGGAAUAAGGGUUGCUAUUCUGUCUUCAUUCUACUCUUUUCUUUCUUUGCUACACUGUAACCGCAAUGGUGCAUUUGCAUGUCCAAGUUCCAGCCAUCACAGAUGUUUUUAUUGGUCCAUGCAAAGUUUCAUUUUCAUUUUGAUGCAAGGGACAGAGUUACUUUACCUGCAAAUGCAAACAAUUUUCAGAAUCUCUUCUACCGGGUAUGAUCUUGUUUUCCCACUUUCAUACCACUGAAAAUGACAGCAAACCAGUGUAAGCAGGACUUCUACCAAUCCAAUGUUUCUAAUGGUUGUCCAUCAUUUUCUAGACAGUAGAAUAAUAUAUUCACUCC